CAAUUUAUCGUCAAAUUGAAAAGUACCAGAAAAAAAAAAUCUCGCUUCUCCAAUUUCAAACAGUCGUCGCUUGUUUCGAGUCUCUCUGCUCGUUCUUCGUGCGACUAUUCUCGUGUGCGGGAGCUCUUGCAGACAACGUUGUCUUCUGCUUUGUUUUCCUCCCUCAAAUCUUGGGGAAUCAGAGUUGAGAAUUGUGGCCUUGCUUGAUUUUGCUGGGAAAUGUUCUAGUUGAAAGACAGAGCUCUGAGCGCGGUGUUAGCAAUGGCGUCAAAUCUCGGUGACAUGUUCAAUGCCACAUUAAGCUGGGUUACAAUGGUUUUGGAUGCUCCUUCAGCUAGAGCUGUUGUGUUCGGAGUUCCCAUCGGAGGACACUUCUUUGUGGAAGGUUUGUUGGGGGUUGUCAUCGUCAUCUUGCUCAGCCAAAAGAGUUACAAACCCCCCAAGAGACCAUUGACGGAGCAGGAAAUAGACGAGUUAUGUGAAGACUGGGUGCCUGAACCUCUUAUUCCUACUAUCACUGAGGAUAUGAAGCAUGAACAGCCAGUUCUCGAGAGUGCUGCUGGACCUCAUACAGUGAUUAAUGGAAAGGAUGUUGUGAACUUUGCUUCAGCAAAUUAUCUUGGACUCAUUGGACACAAAAAGUUACUGGAAUCGUGUACUUCUGCGUUGGAAAAAUACGGUGUUGGUUCGUGUGGUCCUCGUGGUUUCUAUGGUACCAUUGAUGUCCACCUUGAUUGCGAAACCAGAAUAUCAAAAUUCUUGGGUACUCCUGAUUCAAUCCUCUAUUCUUAUGGACUUUCCACGAUGUUCAGUGCAAUUCCUUGUUUCUGUAAAAAGGGUGACAUCAUCGUUGCUGAUGAGGGUGUUCACUGGGGAAUACAAAAUGGGCUUCAGCUUUCGAGAAGUACCAUCGUGUACUUCAAGCACAAUGACAUGGACUCACUCCGUAACACCCUUGAGAAGAUUAUGACUCGGAACAAACGUGCUAAGAAAUUGAGGCGUUACAUUGUAGUUGAAGCUGUGUAUCAGAACUCUGGUCAAAUUGCCCCUCUGGAUGAGAUUAUAAAACUAAAAGAAAAAUACAGGUUUCGUCUUCUAUUGGAUGAGAGCAACUCAUUUGGUGUACUCGGGAAUUCUGGACGAGGUCUUGCUGAGCACCAUGGUGUUCCUAUUGAGAAGAUAGACCUUGUAACUGCUGCAAUGGGUCAUGCAUUAGCCACUGAAGGUGGAUUCUGCACUGGAAAUGCUCGAGUCAUUGAUUAUCAGAGACUCAGCAGUUCUGGAUAUGUCUUCUCGGCUUCUUUGCCACCGUACCUUGCAAGUGCUGCUAUUACUGCCAUUGAUGUAAUAGAAGAGAACCCCAGCCUGUUAGUUAAGCUUAGGCGAAACAUCGCUCUGUUAUGGAAAGGAUUGUCAGGCAUCAAGGGACUGUCUUUAGCCAGCAACGCAGAAUCUCCGAUUGUUUUCUUGAAGCUGGAGAAUUCGACGGGUUCAGAGAAAGAUGAUUUGCUUGUACUCGAAGAAAUAGCGGACCGUGCUCUGAAAGAAGAUUCUGUGCUGCUAGUGACAACGGCGAGAUCGUUGCUUGAUAAAUGCAGAUUGCCUGUAGGGAUCAAGUUGUUCGUCUCGGCUGGUCACUCAGAAUCUGAUCUUCUCAAAGCUUGUGAGUCUUUGAAGAGAAUCGCCACAGAGAUUCUGAAAGUUUGAAGCUUAAACUCCGAGUUGGAUGAUAGGAGGAUUCAGACAACAUGGUACACCCAGAAACAAUGCCGGAAAAUGAUUCAUAUACUGGCUUUUUUUGUCUUCCCACUUCUAUGGGUUCCGCCAUUAAUGGCCACCCCUUGUGUUUGAUCUUCUGAGUUAUUGAACUGUGAACUUAGCGUAUUAGGAUAUUGUAGUGCACGAGUUUCACUUAUUUCAGGACAGAAAAUAAACAGGCAUAACGACGAAUUUUUUUUUUU